CAGCCCCGGAUUCUACCCACCCACCCAGUGUUCCCCGGUGUCCGGGGAGAUCCAUGAUCCCAUCCUUUUCCCUCCACAUGCUCGGCGCCUCCCUUGACACGUCACUACCGCCCCAGCGCAGCCGCGGACGCCUGGCCCCGCCACCGCCACCGUAAUGGACCACGACCACCUCAAGGACCGCCUCCUCCUCCCGUCCUCCCGCGCCGCCGCGACGAACGGGCCCCACCACCACCGCCGCGCCACGCCCGCGCCGGGCAGUACUGGCGCCGGAGGCCCACCAUGUGGCGGCGGAGGAGCAGGCGGCGUGUCCAUCGACGUCAACGGCCUGAAGCGGCGCGGCGGCGGGAGGCGCUCGUGGGUGCGCGUGGACGCGGCGACGGGCGCCGCGGAGGCGGUCGAGGUCGCCAAGCCGGCGCUGAUGCGGCGCCUGGACCUGCCCGCGCGGGACCUCCGCCUCCUCGACCCGCUCUUCGUCUACCCGUCCGCCAUCCUCGGCCGCGAGCGCGCCGUUGUCUGCAACCUCGAGCGCCUGCGGUGCAUCAUCACCGCCGACGAGGCGCUCGUCCUGCGCGAACCCGACGCCGCUGGGGGCGCCGCGGCGGAGGAGGCCGUGCGGAGGUACGUCGACGAGCUGCAGCGGCGCCUCGUCGACCGCGCCGACGACCUGCCUUUCGAGUUCAUCGCGCUGGAGGUCGCGCUCGAGGCCGCCUGCUCCUUCCUGGACUCGCAGGCUAUUGAAUUAGAGGCUGAAGCUUACCCCUUACUGGAUGAGCUGACAGCCAAAAUUAGUACCCUCAACUUGGAACGAGUCCGGCGCCUAAAGAGCAAGCUGGUUGCAUUGACAAGGAGAGUUCAGAAGGUCAGAGACGAGAUAGAGCAGCUGAUGGAUGACGAUGGUGAUAUGGCUGAAAUGUAUCUCACUGAGAAGAAGAUGAGGAUGGAAGCAUCAAUGUUAGAUGACGAGGACCUUCAGGGAAUUGACAAUAGUCAUAAUGGGUUGGGUUCAUCUCUGUCGGCUCCAGUUUCACCAGUUUCGACACCCCCUGCAACUCGGAGGCUUGAGAAGGAAUUCAGUUUUGCCAGAAGCAGGCACAGCAGCUUCAAGAGCUCAGAUAGCAGCCAGUACAAUAUAGAAGAACUGGAAAUGUUGUUGGAGGCCUACUUUGUUGUUAUCGACUACACCCUCAGCAAGUUGACUUCGCUAAAGGAGUAUAUUGAUGAUACAGAAGAUUUCAUCAACAUACAGCUGGAUAACGUCCGGAACCAACUGAUCCAAUUCGAGCUGCUCCUGACCACGGCCACAUUCGUGGUGGCCAUCUUCGGGGUGGUAUCGGGGGUUUUCGGCAUGAACUUCGAGGUCCCUCUUUUCUCGGUGCCCCACGCGUUCGAGUGGACCCUCGCCAUAACGGGGGUCUGCGCCGCCGUCGUCUUCUGCUGCUUCCUCUGGUACUUCAAGAAGAGGAGGUUUUUCCCACUGUAGGUGAAAGCAGCGUAUGGAAGUUGGUUACGGCAAAUUGUACAUGCAUUUUUCUCGAAAAUGCGCUGUCUUUAUCUGUACACGUGAGCUUUUCUCCUUUUAAGCUUGCGGCGGCUCAGCCUCUGAUCGUGUAGCUUCACCGGUCUACUGUACACUUUUAUUAUUGCUGUUGCUUGGUGUACUGCAUGUGACACUGUUCCGCCCUGGUCCAUGGAAGAGGGAAAAGAGCCCGUUCUGAUCA